AUGACGGCAAGAAAAGGACCAUUCAGACUUGUCACAGUCAAUACGGCACCAGAGCGUGCCAAGCGCCUCAUUGGCCGUCUUAUCACCGAGCUCCAAGAUGAUUACGAUAUCAUUCACGUUGACAACUGUCAGAGUAUAGACGAGGUGAUCCCAAAAGUGACAGAGCAUAAGCCUGACGUGUUAUUCUCUGCGUCCAUGUGGUCACCAGAAGAAGCACAACAAAUUCAUGCAAUGGCAAAGUCUAUAGUACCUGAUAUCAAGCUACAUGCUAUCCCGACUGGUCUACAAGUCGAGAGAGGACCAGAUGCGAUUGUUGAGUAUCUUGUUGAGAAGGUUCCGGCCCUAUUGGAUAGCUAG